AUGUCCAGACAUGUCAGCAGGCUUCCCUCGAAGCUAAGCCGGUGCAUCUCGGAGGGUGGGUCAGCUCAAGUGUUCUGGCGCGGCAGAACCACAAGGACCAAAGAGAAUGAGCUGCAAUGUUCUGGUAAGUUUACUCGAGUGAAGCCCUCACCUCACUUUGUAAAAUGGAACGAAAGUCAGCCCAACAAUGAUCCCGCAGAGCCGAUCUCCUUCAAAACAUUGUGUCCAGCUACAGGCACGCUAGUCUGCCCAGAAUAUGCUAUGGAAACGUGA